AUGUUUCCAGCAAGAAUUUCCUUCGAUGCUGAAAAGCUCCUCUUUAUGACUUUCUCCUUUUUUGCAAUCCUCACGACCUUCUGUGAAGGCCCUUGGGUCGCUGUGGCGCAAAGCAGUAACAGCGACAACGCGACAACGAUCCCGGUGAACGUUGGGGUGGUACUUGAUCUGGAGAAGUGGGUGGGUAAGAUGGGAUUGAGCUGCAUUAAAAUGUCUCUCUCUGACUUUUAUAGUUCAAACCCUUCCUACAAUACCAGGCUCGUCCUCAACGUUAGAGAUUCCAAACAAGAUGAGGUUGCUGCUGCUGCUGCAGCACUCGAUUUGAUAAAGAAUAAGCAAGUCCAAGCCAUAAUAGGCCCUGAAGCUUCCUUGCAAGCAGACUUCAUCAUUGACCUUGGAAACAAGUCUCAUGUGCCCAUCAUCUCUUUCUCUGCUACUAGUCCAUCCCUCAGUUCGAUUCGGAGUCCUUACUUCAUUAGAGCCACACAAAAUGACUCGUCCCAAGUGAAUGCCAUAAGUGCGGUCAUCCAAGCUUUUGGCUGGAAAGAAUUGGUCCUCAUAUAUGUGGACAAUCAGUUUGGAGAAGGCAUCAUACCUUCUCUUGCAGAUGCUUUGGAAGAAGCCGACACGCAAGUUUCCUAUAGGAGUCUUAUUUCUCCUUCGGCCACGGACGAUCAAAUCCUACAGGAACUCUACAAGUUAAUGACGAUGCAAACGAGGGUGUUCAUCGUGCACAUGUUACCUGCCCUCGGUUCUCGACUGUUGGCCAAAGCAAAAGAGGUGGGAAUGAUGAGCGAAGGUUAUGUGUGGAUCUUGACUAAUGGAAUCACUGACCUAUUAAGUUCUGUGGAUUCAUCUGUUGUCGCUAGCUCGAUGCAAGGAGUACUAGGCAUAAAGACUUAUAUCCCAGAUACGCCAAACCUGCACAAUUUCAUGGUCCGAUGGAAGAUGAAAUUCCAACAAGACAAUCCAUCCAUCCUUAAUCCUACGUUGAACAUUUUCGGGUAUAGGGCUUAUGACGCUGCUCGGGCUCUAGCAAUGGCUGUCGAGGAAAUGGGUGCGGCCAAUUCUACCUUCCAGAUGUUGAAGGCUUCAACAGGUGCGACAGAUCUCGACAAUAUUGGGAUAUCUCAAAAUGGUAAUAAACUUCUCCAAGAACUAGCCACUACGACAUUUACGGGCCUUGCUGGAAAUUUUGGCCUAGUUGAUGGGCAACUAGAAUCAUCAGCGUUCCAGAUUGUCAAUAUCAAUGGAAAUGCAGCAAGAGGGAUUGGGUUUUGGACGCUAGACAAUGGGCUGCAAAGAGAUUUGAGUUCAGUCAACACAAGCAAAUAUUCCACUUUGAAAAGUAAUCUCAGAUCAAUAAUAUGGCCGGGAGAUUCAACCUCUAUUCCUAAGGGUUGGGAGAUUCCCACAAAUGGAAAGAGGUUGAAAAUCUUAGUUCCUGUGAAGAACGGUUUUAAUCAAUUCGUGAAGGUGACUCGAGAUCGUAGCACAAACACAUCCCAAGUCACUGGCUAUUGUAUUGACAUCUUUCAAGCCGUCAUAGAAAAAUUGCCUUAUUCCGUGGCUUAUGACCUUAUUCCAUUUGCCUUGCCUAAUGGAAGUAGUGCUGGUAGUUACAAUGACAUGAUCGAUCAAGUAUUUUACCAGAAUUAUGAUGCAGUGGUGGGUGAUACAACAAUCAUAGCAAACAGAUCAUUGUAUGUGGAUUUCACCUUACCAUACACCGAAUCGGGGGGUGCAAUGCUCGUGCCAUACAAGGACAACACAAGCAAGAAGGCUUGGGUUUUCUUAAAGCCGCUCACUUGGGGCCUUUGGCUAACCACUGUAUGCUUCUUUGUGUUUAUAGCAUUGGUUGUAUGGACUCUCGAACAUCGGAUUAACGAAGACUUCAGGGGUCCAGCCACGCAUCAAGUUGGCACGAGCUUUUGGUUCUCCUUUUCAACCAUGGUCUUUGCACAAAGGGAGAAAGUGCUUAGCAACUUAGCACGAUUUGUUGUGAUUGUGUGGGUUUUCGUGGUACUUAUACUAACGCAAAGUUAUACGGCAAGCUUGAGCUCUCUUUUGGUGGUGCAAAAUCUUCAACCAACUAUGACUGAUGUGGAUCAACUCCUAAAAAGUGGAAAAAACGUGGGUUACCAACAUGGCUCUUUUGCUUAUGGAAUGCUAAAGCAAAUGAAAUUCGAUGAUUCAAGACUUAUAUCUUAUCAGUCUCCUGAAGAAUGCGAUGCACUUCUUUCCAAUGGAAGUGCAAAAGGCGGGAUUGCAGCAGCAUUCCAUGAAGUCCCCUACCUUAAACUUAUACUUUCAGAAUAUUGCAACAAAUAUACCAUGAUUCCAGCAUUCAAAACUGCUGGAUUUGGCUUUGUUUUCCCUAAAGGGUCUCCACUGGUACCUGAUAUUUCGCGAGCAAUCCUCAAUGUGACUGAAGGGCUUCAAAUGACAGAAAUUGAAAAUGCGUGGCUUACAUCCAAAACCAACUGCCAGAAUUCAAAUUCCUCGGUUUCAUCCGACAGCCUAGGUCUUGACAGUUUUUGGGUUCUAUUUCUGAUUGCUGGAGCUGCUGCGAUUUCUGCUCUCCUCAUUUUCAUGGUUAUGUUCAUUAAAAGAAAUUGGCAGGAAGUAACAAGUUCUUCGGGUUCAUUGUGGGAGAAGACUGUUGAAUUAGGAAGAAGAUUUUACCAAAGAGAUGCCAAUUCCCAUAAUUUUAGGAAGGGCAGAUUUAGGGAUGGAGUUAUGAAUGAUGGCGGCAAUGAGAUUGCAGGUGUUGAAACUUUAGAAAACACUCAUUUCCCUCCAAUUCUGUCGAGCGACUCCAGCCAAAACAACGACGUCUUGACCAAUGAGCAAGGCACGCCAUCUACUGAGCAAGGACUUCCCGAUCGUGUAGAGGAAGGGUGCCCUCAGAGAGCGGUAGACGUCGAGCUUACCAAUGUAAAUUAGGAGAGGCGCACGCCUCUGCGACCUUGACUAAACUUUAAUCCUUGAGUAGUCGAACUUGGAA